AUGCAAAGAACGUUAGGUAAUGCAACUAUGGGAUUACACGCUCUUCCUCUAGCACAGCAUGGCAAUUUAGAAAAAGUUCAACAUGAUUUAGGGGUCACUGGAUUGGUCAUUGAUUGUGGUUACAGCGAAUGUCGAGUGGUUCCUGUUCUCUUUGGAAGCAUUCUUUCAAUGUGUGUUGAAAUUCUACCUAUUGGAUCCAAGCAUGUGUUGCGAAAUUUGAAGGAAUUGCUAUGUGGCGACGUGGCGUCAAGCACAAACAUCGACAACCACCAAGAACAUUUAAUGCUUGAGGAUGUUUUAUCACGAUUGUGUUUUUGUAGUUACCCUUCCGCAGAUAAUAACGAUAGCAACUCUCAGACAAUCAUAUACAAGUAUUCGGUAGGGUCAGUAGAAAUUCCUGUUACGCACAAGACUCGCACUAAGAGUUGUGAGUUCAUCUUUGAGCCACUAACAAGAGCCAUCAUUGAAUGUGUAAAACGGCUCGAAACUGAGGCAAGAGGACAAGUACUACGAAAUGUAAUCGUUUGUGGGGGCCUUUCUGAAUUGAAUGGAUUCAAACAACGGCUUAUUGCUGUUUUAAACAAACAUGUAUUAGCGCAAGAUUUUGGUAGCAACAAAAAUUGGCUUAAACACAUGGGAAUUAACACGUUCAAUCCCACUCGAUCCUCACUGCUGAAUUGGUAUGGAGCUAGUAUUGCCUUUUCACAUUACAGUUACGCUCAGAGCAAGACAAUUAAGCAUGACCAGUGA